AUGGCGUACAACAAAUCCUACAACCCCGAUGCGCUGCCAGCUCACGCUGAGCCAGAACAAGUUGCGCAGAUGAUAGGCUCUUUGAGUGUAUCAGGCCAAAGUCACUCCAGCCAUCCCUCCGGACACAGUCCAAGCAUGACCCAAAAGCCACUCCCCUCACGCCCACCAACAGGACCAGGCGGAGUGCCUCCUCGCGUCCCUGUCUCCAGCGCACCGCCCCAAAACGCAUACGUCGCCGCGCCCCCGCGCCUCGACCCCCAAACCCACCACUCCUACAGCGGCCGCUCCUCCACAAAACCCCUCCCCAGCCAAUCCCACAGCCACAGCCAGAGUUACAGCCAGAGCCAAAGUCGUCCACACCCCCUGCACCCUUCCCCACCACCCCAAAACUACGGCUUUGGCCCUCCACCCGCGCAGCGCCCGCGACCCGCGCCUUCGUCGCGCCCGCCUCAAUCUCCCGCUCCGCCUCCUCUGACUGCCCCCAGCAAUGAUCCCCAACAGCUCUUUCCACUCUUCCGCGCCGCGAACUCUUCUCACUCCGGUACGCUGACGGAGAAUGAGCUUGGCUCCGCCCUGGUCAACGGGGACUACACAUCCUUCCACCCGCGUACGGUCAGAUUGAUGAUUCGAAUGUUCGACCGGGACGGCAGUGGGACGAUCAACUUCGACGAGUUCGUUUCGCUAUGGCGGUAUCUGGCUGCGUGGCGGGAGUUGUUCGACCGAUUCGACGAGGACCGCAGCGGGCGCAUCAGCAAGCCCGAAUUUGAGAACGCGCUCGUCGCAUUCGGGUACAGGCUGAGUCCGAAGUUCAUUGGUGUGAUCUUCGGUGUUUUCGAGGCGAAGGGGAAACAGAUGCAUACUUCCAAGGAUCCUGUGCGGAAUGGUAUGAGCUUUGACCUGUUCGUUCAGGCUUGUAUUAGUCUGAAGCGCAUGACGGAUGUUUUCAAGCGGUACGAUGAGGAUCGGGAUGGGUAUAUUACUCUUAGCUUUGAGGAAGCUUUGACGGGUGAGUUGAAUAUGCGCCGGAUGCGUGGAUUUUGGCUAAUGCGGUUGCAGAAAUCCUCCUGUUGCAGGAGUAGAUUAUCACAUACGUUUGGAGCUGUGCUGGUGCUUCAUUGGUCUUCAUUUUGUCUUGCAUAUUGUUCAUAUUAUACCCCCCGGUUUUUUAUAGGAUCACCGGAAAUGAAUCGACAUUGCAUGUUUGAGCUGUCAGGACGCUUCCUGGUUUACUACUUGAAUCUAAACAGCAUGACACACUUCGCGCAUCUCGGAUACCCAGUCUUUUGA